AUGGCCGAUCUGUACCGUACAGCACUUCAGGCCCGAUUCGCUAAGGCGCCGCAACUGCCACCUCUUCCUGGAGAAGACGAGGAGGAGGAUGAGUCGGGAGAUUCGAUUGGCUCAUUGCCGACCGGUAUGGGACCACCCGCGGCGUAUCACACGCCCAAUCCUGCAUUCACGCCUAUCUCCGCAUCUGGAUACUUUGAGCAAGCGAUACAAGUCUCCGUACCCCAGUCCGACCUUGACGUGCGGGUGUACUACACCCCGCCGAAGUUCGAGGAUGGCACGGUGAUAGUGUGCCACCAUGGCGCCGGCUACUCGGGGCUGACCUUUGCAUGCAUGGCGAAAGAGAUCACAGACAUGAGCAAGGGAGAGUGCGGGGUGCUGUCGUAUGACGCGCGCGGGCAUGGAAAGACGAAGCAUCUCAGAAGUGAGGGUGGCUCUACCGAGGAGAAUCUAGACAUAGACGUCUUGACCGCCGACCUCGUGAACCUCGUGCAAGCUGUGUUUACUGAUUCACAGGCUGCGCCCUCUCUCCUGUUCGUAGGACAUAGUCUUGGCGGGUCAGUAUGCGUACGUGCCUGUCCGGCACUCCAGCAAAGCCGCUAUCGGAUUACGGGCGUGGCCGUUGUCGAUAUCGUGGAAGAGUUCACGCUGGAGGCGCUGCCUCUGAUGCACAGUCUGCUAAAUGCGCGUCCUGAAGGAUUUGACAGCCAAGAGCAGGCGAUCGAAUGGCACGUAAAGACUAACACGAUCCACAAUCCGGCCUCGGCGAGGGUGUCCGUACCCGGUAUCAUCGUUCCGGCACCAGAAGGAUCACCUCCCAGCACGCCCGCUUACCUUUGGCGAACGCCGCUCCGAUCUACGGCACCCUACUGGACCAGUUGGUUCACCGGCCUGUCUAGCAAGUUUCUGUCGGCGCGGACCGCUCGCCUGCUUAUCCUCGCAGGUACCGAGCGCCUGGACAGGGAGCUCAUGAUUGGGCAAAUGCAGGGAAAGUUCCAACUGGUCGUGAUUCCCGGGGUCGGCCAUAUGGUCCACGAGGACGAUCCGACACGGAUGGCAGAAGUCCUGGUAGAAUUCUGGCGACGAAACGAGCGGGUGGUCGUUGGCGUCAAGAAGGUCGGGGAGCUGUAG